AUGGCCUCCACUGUGCCCCUCUUCUCUCUACUGUCAUUGUUCUUGUGUUGUGUUCUUGCCAAGGGAGACAUGAAAGUGGCCCCUUCGAGGAAUGGGGCCGACCAUAGAGGCCGGUCUCUACAGUCGAAUCAUGUUUUCAGUGUGCUCGGAUAUGGGGCUUACGGCGAUGGACGCCAUGACGACACAAAGGCAUUGUCGAAGGCGUGGGCUGCAGCUUGCUCCUCUUUGAAUCCUAGCAUCGUGCUCAUCCCCGGGGGCAAGAAAUACCUAACCAAGCAUUUAACCUUCUCUGGCCCAUGCAAAUCCAGUAUCACGUUGAUGAUUGAAGGUACUUUGGUAGCCCCUCCAAAGAGAUUAUAUUGGAUAGAAGAUACCAUUAGGCACUGGAUUUUGUUCAGAUCUGUGAGUGAUCUUACCGUCACCGGUGGUGGGACCAUCGAUGGAAAUGGAAAGAUUUGGUGGCAGAACUCCUGCAAAGUAAACUCCAAACUCCCUUGCAGGCAGGCUCCAACGGCUUUGACGUUCUAUUCCUGCACAAAUCUGAGAGUGGACAAUUUAGAACUGUUGAACAGCCAACAAAUCCACAUAUCGGUGGAGCAUUGCAGUGAUGUAAGGAUGUCACGCCUGUCAAUCACAGCACCCGGCACUAGCCCCAACACCGACGGUAUCCAUAUCGCCCAUAGCAAGGAUGUGAAAGUCAUGGACUGCGCAAUCAAGACCGGGGACGACUGCAUGUCAAUCGAGGAUGGAACCGAGAACCUACAUGUCAACAACAUCGUGUGUGGACCGGGGCAUGGGAUAAGCAUCGGGAGCUUAGGCGAUCGCAACUCUCAAGCUCAGGUUGCAAACAUCACCAUCGACGGGGCGCGACUGCGUGGCACGACGAAUGGGGCUCGUAUCAAGACAUGGCAGGGCGGGCGGGGCUACGCAAAGAACAUCGUGUUCCAGAACAUGAUGAUGGAUAAUGUACAGAACCCGAUCAUCAUCGACCAGAACUACUGCGACUCGGCUACACCAUGUAAUGAACAGAAAUCGGCCGUGGAGGUGAGCAAUGUGCUGUUCAAGAACAUCAGGGGGACAAGUGCCUCAAGAGAGGCCAUCAAGCUCAGUUGCAGUAGAGCCGUGCCUUGCCAUGGGAUAGCCUUGCACAACGUCAGGCUUACCCUAAAGCGAGGAGGCGGUGAUGCAGAGAGCACAUGUGAGAAUGCAAAAUGGAGGAAACUGGGAACGGUCAUGCCACAGCCAUGUAGUCUCAACGACUGA